GGAGCGGGAUCUAAGAUGGCAGCGGCGGCGGCGGCGGCGGGGCCGGGCGCGAGCGGCGCGGGGGCGGCGGGCCCGGGCGGCGCGGGGCCCUGCGCGGCCGUGUCCGUGUUCCCCGGCGCCCGCCUGCUCACCAUCGGCGACGCGAACGGCGAGAUCCAGCGGCACGCGGAGCAGCAGGCGCUGCGCCUCGAGGUGCGCGCCGGCCCGGACGCGGCGGGCAUCGCCCUCUACAGCCAUGAAGACGUGUGUGUGUUCAAGUGCUCGGUGUCGCGGGACACGGAGUGCAGCCGCGUGGGCAAGCAGUCUUUCAUCAUCACCCUGGGCUGCAACAGUGUCCUCAUCCAGUUCGCCACUCCCAGUGAUUUCUGCUCCUUCUACAACAUCCUGAAGACCUGCCGGGGCCACACCCUGGAGCGGUCUGUGUUCAGCGAGCGGACGGAGGAGUCCUCGGCUGUUCAGUAUUUCCAGUUUUACGGCUACCUGUCCCAGCAGCAGAACAUGAUGCAGGACUACGUGCGGACCGGCACCUACCAGCGCGCCAUCCUGCAGAACCAUGCCGACUUCAAGGAUAAGAUUGUACUGGACGUCGGCUGUGGCUCCGGGAUCCUGUCGUUCUUUGCCGCCCAAGCGGGAGCCAGGAAGAUCUAUGCGGUGGAGGCCAGCACCAUGGCCCAGCACGCUGAGGUGUUGGUGAAGAGCAACAACCUGACCGACCGCAUCGUGGUCAUCCCCGGCAAGGUGGAGGAGGUCUCACUCCCCGAGCAGGUGGACAUCAUCGUGUCCGAGCCCAUGGGCUACAUGCUCUUCAACGAGCGCAUGCUGGAGAGCUACCUGCACGCCAAGAAGUACCUGCGGCCGGGCGGCAACAUGUUCCCCACCAUCGGCGACGUCCACCUGGCGCCCUUCACGGAUGAGCAGCUCUACAUGGAACAGUUCACCAAGGCCAACUUCUGGUACCAGCCAUCCUUCCAUGGAGUGGACCUGUCGGCCCUCCGAGGCGCCGCGGUGGACGAGUACUUCCGGCAGCCCGUGGUGGACACGUUUGACAUCCGCAUCCUGAUGGCCAAGUCUGUCAAGUACACCGUGAAUUUCUUAGAAGCCAAAGAGGGAGAUUUGCACAGGAUAGAGAUCCCAUUCAAGUUCCACAUGCUGCACUCGGGGCUGGUCCACGGGCUGGCCUUCUGGUUUGACGUCGCUUUCAUCGGCUCAAUAAUGACCGUGUGGCUGUCCACGGCCCCGACAGAGCCGCUGACGCACUGGUACCAGGUCCGGUGCCUGUUCCAGUCGCCGCUGUUCGCCAAGGCGGGGGACACGCUCUCCGGGACCUGUCUGCUGAUCGCCAACAAGAGACAGAGCUACGACAUCAGUAUUGUGGCCCAGGUGGACCAGACGGGCUCCAAGUCCAGUAACCUCCUGGACCUGAAAAACCCUUUCUUCAGGUUGGCCGCGCUGGCCCCGCGGGCGGCGGGGCGGGGAGUGGGGAGCGGGCGGCCCCUGGUGACACGUCCCCCCUCCCCGGGCGCAGGGAUGCCGACCGCCUACGACCUGAGCAGUGUUAUCGCCGGCGGCUCCAGCGUGGGCCACAACAACCUGAUUCCUCUAGCCAACACGGGGAUUGUCAAUCACACCCACUCGCGGAUGGGCUCCAUAAUGAGCACAGGCAUUGUGCAAGGCUCCUCGGGCGCCCAGGGCAGCGGCGGCGGCUCGAGCGCCCACUAUGCGGUCAACAGCCAGUUCACCAUGGGCGGCCCCGCCAUCUCCAUGGCCUCGCCCCUGUCUCUCCCGACCAACACCAUGCACUACGGGAGCUAGGCGCCGCGGCCGCCCGCGACAGCACCAGGAAACCAAAUGACGCCCCUGCUGGAGCAGCCCGAACACCCCGUCACAGCCCUCUUUGCUAUGGGAACUUGGACAUUUUUUUACACCGUGUUGCCGCCGCCCCCCUGCCCACGAGCGCGCGCCGCUGCCAUCCCGUCAGGGGCGCCUUCGUCCCCCUCUCCCAGCCCCCCGACCUGGCCUUGACAUCUGUCGCGGCCCGCGGGGCCCACAGCUGCGCCCGGUCGGGGUGGGAGGCGGGCGCAGCUGCCGCCCGGCCCGGCUGGGCGGGGCCCCCUUCAGCUCCCAGGCCUUGGUCACCACGGGCGUGACAUGCUGCUUUUUUUAAUUUUAUUUUUUUACGAAAAGAACCAGUGUCAAUCCACAGAUCCUCUGAGAAACCCGGCCGGCCGGGCCCAGCCAGCAGCCCCCGUCCCCCCCUCGGACUCAGAGGCUCAGUGGCGGGGCGUGGGGGGGGGUGCCGGGGCGGGGGGGCGGCCUUGCAGGGUCCUCAGGGCCGGGUGGGGCCAGGCCCUGGGACCCCCUCCUCACCCAAGGGUUCACCUCACACUUGAAUGUACAACCCACCCUGGCUGCCUGGAGGCUCCGUCCGCAGCCCCCGCCUCCUGCUGCUCCCAUCCCGCCCCGCCCCGCGCCCCGUGCUAGACCGGUGGCCUGGAGGGUAGGUCCCAGCGCCCCGGGACAGGCACGGACACCUGGCGCUGCGCCCCGGGGCUGGGGGGGGGCGUCCCGUCCUCUUCCUCUAGCUAACCCUAGGCCUGUGUUGCCGCUCCAGUCCCUAUACCAUGAUGGCAUUUCGGCCCCUCCCAGCCUGGGAAGGGACCUCUCCCUCCAGACACAGAAAAGAAAGAAAAAAAUAAACCAAGCAGGACAUGGAUGUCA